CAUAUGCCCCAUGCCGUACUUGCCGCUGCUAUACCAGUGUUGUGUUAUUCGUUCUUUUGUCUUUCUCUUGGAUUCUUGCUUGUGACCGUCUUAUUGAAGACUAGAGACGGGUUUAAUUGUGAGUUGCUCCUUAGCCUUUCAUCCACAUCUGCUAACCCUUUCAAAGAUGUUACGUUAUUUGCUCUUGCAACAACAUGCACUACCAUAGUGUCGAUCAUUCAACAAUGCACUUAUAUCGCUAAUUGGCACGACCUGCGAAUCCAACAAUACGAGCAAUCCAUCAUUGUCAAAGGCAACCCAGCGCUGGCACUGGGUCCUCUGUCUCGAGGGUUCAAUGCUGUCUUGUUUUGGACGAUCUUAUAUUUUUACAAUGUUGACUCAAUCACCAUGCUCUUCUGGGCAAUCGCACUGGUGUUCAGUGUAUGGAACAUUCGACCAAGAUGGCUUCAACAGUGGCAAGGUGUCAUCAGCUGGAUCUCCAAGGUUUUGGCAGUCGUGCUUCCCGCCAUAUUCUCGGGGUUGCGAAAAGGAUUUCAGGUCAAUGCUGGAUUCAUUGGCACUCUGAUUUUGAUGAAUUUACUGAUGCUCGUGAGCUUUGCGUUUGGCGCAAUUUGUGUCAUUCUCAUCCUCUUCAAAUAUCUACGAGCCAAGAUAGGCUUCGACAGCUAUGCAUCCGCAUCUGCAUCAAAGUCAUACGCAGCAGGUAGCGUGACUGCANNGGGGGAGACCACGACUAGCCGAGUGGGACGCUCAGCUACUAAAGGACUCAGAGCCCGGGUCGAUGGAUGGCUCGUGGUGCGCUUCACCAUCGCCUUCCUGAUCCUAAGUGGCUUCGAGAUCUUCCUCAUCUCUUUCGAAGUCAACAGAUACCACAAGACAAAAAGUGCGAAAAUUGCUGGCGCGCCAGACUUUGGUGUGCGCGCUUCCGUCGUCGACGUCCUGAACUACCUGCCCGGCGUUACUGCAAGUCUACUAGCUUUCCUUCUUUUCGGAACCACCGCACAACAACGAGCUAUGUAUGCUCCGAUGCUGGCUGCUCUCUACCCCGCCCAAUGGCGCAGACGACCAAAGUCAAGCAGAUUCAGUGGCAACGUGGAUCAAUGGACGCGUAUGGAUGCAGGAGACUCAAGGCCGUCUGAUCAAACAAUGCAUAGGGAUAUUGAGAUGCAAUUGCCGACGAGGAAGGACAAGGUCACGAGGACUAUCAUCACGACAGUGGAGAGUGAAGAAGCUCUGUUCAGUCCACCACCGAUACCCGCCGAGAGGAAGGCGCACGUUGCAAUCUUGGACGAUCGGGACAACAAGAGGUUAACGAGAUAA